AUGAAGCUUACCGUUGCCUUCUUGGCCGCUCUCGCCGCCGCUGAUGCCGCUGAGGCUCGCAGCCACCGCCAGGCCCGUCGCCAGUACGGUGCCACCGACUCCUACGGUGGAGGAAACAGCUACGGCUCCAACAGCUACGGUGGUGGCAACAGCUAUGGCUCCCCCAACAACGGCGGAUACGGCGCCCAGCCCCCUGCUGGAUCUAGCUCCGCUGUUCCCGUUGUCAGCUCUGCUGUUCCGAUCGUUAGCUCUGCUACUCCCGUAGAGACACCUGAGGCCUCUACCUCCGCAACCCCCAUUGUCUCUUCGGUUGCCACUCCUGUUGUCUCCUCGUCUGCUGAGGUCCCCUACGUCCAGACCUCUUCCCCAGCUUUCGAGACCUCCAGCUCCCCCGCUGACGCUACCUACACUCCUUCCACCUCCGCUGGUGGCUACGGAGGCGUCCCCCCUGCCGGCGGUGCCAGCUCCAGCACCCCUGUUCCUGAGGCUGCUACCAGCUCUGCCUACCCUGUUGGCGGUGGCUACGGAGGCGUUCCCUCUUCUGCCGUCCCUGAGGCUGCUACCUCCAGCUCUGUUGCUAUCCCCACCAUCAGCUCCACUGCUGCUGCUUCCUCCGCCUAUGGAACUGGCUACUCCGCCGUUGUCCCCUCCGGUGCCAGCUCCAGCUCCGUCCCUGGUGUUAGCAUGAGCUCCGCCAUCCCCUCCGGCUCUUACCCUGUCGGUGGCGGUUACGGUGGUGUUCCUUCCUCCGCUGUCCCCGAGGCUGCUACCAGCAGCUCCGUCGUCCCCGGCGUCAGCAUGAGCUCUGCUAUCCCCUCCGGCUCUUACCCUGUCGGUGGCGGCUACGGAGGUGUCCCAUCCUCGGUCGUUCCUGAGGCUGCCACCAGCAGCUUGGCCGGAACUGGCUACCCUCUCUACCCCACUGGCACUGGCUCGCGCCCCGCUGGUGUCUCCUCCACCCCUGUCAGCGACAUGGUGACCUCCACCAUCUACAGCACCCAGAUCUUCACCAAGACUGCUUGCCCUCCUACCGUCACUGACUGCCCGGCUCACUCCACCGCGCUCGUCACCAGCGUCAUCGCCGUCGGUACCACCGUCUGCCCUGAGUCUGACCUCCCCAAGGCCACUCCCACCGCCGGUGUAACCACCUCCUACCCCGUCUCUGAGGUUGUCCAGACCUACACUGAGACCCUCGUCUACACCGUCGGUGUUGGCUCGACUGCUCACCCAGUCACCACUGAGGUCACCUCCACCUCUACCUCUACCCAGUACUCCACUGUCGUCGUUACCGUCGGCAAGCCUACUCCUACUGGUGAGGUUCCCUCCGAGGCUACUGGCCCCGCUGGUGGUGAGAACUCCUACCCCACUGGCCCUGCCGGUGGCGAGUCUGUCUACCCCGAGGGUGGUGAGGAUGUCACCUCCACCAUCAAGUCUACCUCCACCUCCACCAAGUACGUCACCGUCAAGCCCACCCCUACUGGUGAGGGCGAUGUUCCCGCCGACUCUGAGUCCUACCCCACUGGACCCGCUGGUGGCAACGCCACUCCUUCCACUCCUGCUGGAAGCGAGGGUGGUGAGGACUGCGCUGCUCCCGUAACUGUUACCGUAACUGCCAAGGAGACCGUCACUGUUACCAAGGGUGGUGACUACCCCGCUGCUACCCCUGAGACUCCCGCUGAGACUCCUGAGGUUCCCUCUGAGCAGACUGCUUCCUCCGGUAUGCCCUCUGUCCCCACUGGCAUCUACCCCGUCCCCGGUAACGGCACCAACCCCUACCCCGCUGGCCCAACUGGCUUCAAGACCUCCACCAAGCCUGCUUACCCCACUGGCACUGGUGCCGUUCCCGUUCCCAGCAGCGCCACCUCUGCUCUCCCCAGCUUCUCUUUCGUCUCUGAGGUAGCCACCCCUACUGGCGAGACUGCUAUCCCCUCCUCUACCGUCCCUGCCGGUGCUGAGUCCAGCGCUGCCUACCCCGUCGGUGGUGGCUACGGCGGUGCCUCUUCUGCUCCUGCCUCUUCCAAGACCCCCGAGGCUGUUGUCUCUUCCUCCACCGAGGCUUACACUCCUCCCGCUGCCACCCCUACCCCUGACAACAGCUACGGCUCUAACAGCGGUUACGGUUCCGGCUACGGCACCUACUAA